AUGGCCUGGCACCAGAAGAGCGGCUUCGAGACGGACCUCCACGAGAAGAUUUCUGGCAGCCUGCCGAGACGCCUCCGAGCGAGCUUUGCUCGGAGAGGCGCGCAGCCGGGAAGGGCACUGGCAUCUGGGCGUGCGACGUGGCCAGGGCAGCAGCCGCCGCUCAGGACAGCUGCUGCCGCAACAACCAGCACGGCGCCAACACCAACCAUGACCACGACCAAGCACGUCGUCAUCGAGAUAUGCCCUGACGCCUUCGCGCGCAACUACUACCAUGAGCAGCGUUCCGAGCUGCCGACCCUGAGCCCCUACUACACCUAUCACAACUACAACGAGACCGCAGAGCUAACUAGCCUGCCGCCUGCCAGAGGUGCGGGGUGCCCCGACGACCGAUGCCCGCGGGUGCGACUCCCGGGGCCAGGAGGCCGGCUGCGAGAGGACCAGGAGGCCAGCUGCGAGAGGACCAGAUCUCGCGGGUACUGCCAGGAGGUCCGCGCAAGCGCCGGCGCCAGCCUCGGCUCUUGCCCAGGUAACGCCGGUGCUCGCGAGUGCGACUCCCAGGGCCAGGAGGCCGACUGCGAGAGGACCAGGUCUCGCGGGUACCACCAGGAGGUCUGCGCGAGCGCUUCGGCGCCAGCCUCGGCUCUUGCCCAGGUUAAGGCCCGGGCCAAGGACGCUGUCUGCAUCUCCGGCAGUCGCGAGUUAGGCCUCACCGCGGUUUGGGCCACCCUCUCGCUGUUCGGGCCCAUCUACGGCGUCCAGGUUGAAGGCAGAUCAGCAAUGCUCCGUUGCUCCAGGGAGGAAGCGGCGACCAAGACGCAGAAGACAACGGACGGCAACACUUCGUGGAACCAGGCCGACGAGGUGCACAUGGCCGUGCUCGCCGUGUUCUUCCUGUUCUUGGCGUUGCCAGACUUCUACUCCGUCGCGCUGUGCAUUAUAUCUGUGGAGCUGUGCGACGUUCUCUUUGCGGUGGACUCCAUCCCAGCGGUGUUCGCCGUCACGGACGACCCUGUGGUGGUCUUCGGCUCCAACAUCGCCGCGAUCCUCGGCCUCAGAAGUCUCUACCAGGUUCUGUCAGUUGCGGCGCAGGACCUCGUUUACUUGGAGAAGUCCGUCGCCGUGAUCCUCGGUUUCGUGGGCGUGAAGCUGGGGCUGGAGGUCGUAGGCAUCGAGUUCAGCUCGCUGCUCUCUCUCGGCGUGAUCCUCUCCGUGCUCGGUGUUGGCAUCGGCGCCAGCGUGUACGAGCAGAGGAGGACCGAGUCAACGUGAAGUCUGUGAUGACGAUGUUCCAGAAGUCUCGCAAUUCCUCAGCAGUGGAGAGUGAGGCAUUGGCCUCUUCCACUCUGCAGGGGCGAGGAGGUCUCGAGAGGGACGGUGACGAUGAAUCGUCAGGACAGGAAGCAGCCUCACGCCUUCAGCCUCGUCUGGCCCUCGAUGGCCACGGGGCCCUACCUAAUCAUUUUUUUUCUUGGUGCCGCGCCUGGCCCGCCGGCCCUGCCGGGGGGUGAGGAGGCCCCGCCGCAGCCCUGGCAAGAUGGCGCAGCGGCCCUCGCAGGCCUGGCGCGCCGCCGCGAAGCGGUGUCGCGGCGCUAUGCGAGGCCACGGCAUGCGACGCUGGGUGUGUGUCGCGACGCCAUGCGACGCCUUCUGCGCUUGACGCUGCGCUUUGUGUCUGUCUGUCUCUCUCGCGGGCCACUCCUCGCGCAGCCAAGUACCCGGCAGCGGGCUCGGUCGCCAGGGGCCGACGCCGCCCGAGGGCCCUCCGUUCGCCCUCCGCCCGUCCUCCGCCCGCCUUGGCGGUCGUCGUCUUCGCCUCUGUCGCCGCCGCCGUCGUCGUCGUCGCCGUUGUCGUCGACGUCGCCGUCGUCGCCUCGUCGUCGCUCUUUCUCUUCUUCUUGUUAUUCGUGUUAUGUUUCUUUUUCUUCUUCUUCUUCUUCUUCCUG